UUUUCAAAAAAGAAGAAUAGAUAUAUGGAGAAAAUAACUCAAAACAAAGUUUUAAUUUGUAUAGUUAAAGUUAAUUAAGUGAGAAUAUUCAAUAUAUUACACACGUAUAAGGUUCAAAGUUGAUAAACAACAGCGAUAUCGUAUCCCCACUAUAAACAUCGUUAUCAACAAUAACCAGUUUUUAAAUUUAUAAUCAAAACCGAAGUUCAUAUAUAUAUAUAAGAGGGCAAGUGCUUGAUCUCGAACAAAUAUUUUUGUUUAAUACUCUCGAUUUGGGUAUUUCGAAACGAGAAAAUGGCGCAGAGAGAUGCUGCAACUAAUCAACUCAACGAAUACAAGAAAAAUGUACAACAAACCGAAUCGGUUACGACCGGUUUCGGUAUUCCUAUAGGAGAACGCGCCGCCUCCUUGAGCGUCGGACCCAGAGGUCCUCUUCUGUUCCAAGACCAAAACCUCGUAGACGAAUUGGCCCAUUUCGAUAGGGAACGUAUCCCAGAGCGAGUCGUCCAUGCUAAGGGAGCCGGGGCUUUCGGAUACUUCGAAGUAACCAACGACAUCACCAAAUACACGGCGGCGAAAGUUUUUUCGACCAUCGGUAAGAAAACCCCGAUUGGCGUACGGUUUUCGACGGUGGGCGGCGAAUCCGGUUCCGCCGAUACGGUUCGAGAUCCUAGGGGAUUCGCCGUUAAAUUUUACACCGAGGACGGUAUAUGGGAUUUGGUGGGAAACAACACGCCGAUUUUCUUCAUCAGGGAUCCGAUUUUCUUCGCAAGUUUCAUCCAUACGCAAAAGAGGAAUCCCCAAACUCAUCUCAAGGACCCCGACAUGUUUUGGGACUUUAUGUCGCUCAGACCGGAGACGAUGCAUCAAAUGAUGUUCCUGUUUUCGGAUAGAGGAAUACCGGACGGUUACAGGCACAUGCACGGAUACGGUUCUCAUACCUUUAAAUUGAUCAAUAAAGAUGGUAAAGUGCAUUUCUGCAAGUUCCAUUAUAGGACCGAGCAGGGGAUCAAGAAUCUCGACGUGAAAAAGGCAGAAGAGCUGUCAGCUACCGAUCCAGAUUACAGUAUAAGAGAUCUUUACAACGCAAUCGCCGAAGGUAAAUACCCGAAAUGGACGCUUUCGAUUCAAGUUAUGACGCCCGAACAAGCUCAAAAAUCCCCAUUCGACCCCUUCGAUUUGACGAAAGUCUGGCCCCAAAGCGAAUAUCCCCUCAUAAAAGUCGGCACGAUGGUAUUGAAUCGCAACCCCGAGAAUUAUUUCGCCGAAGUCGAACAAAUAGCUUUCAGCCCCUCACAUCUGGUGCCCGGCAUAGCCGCCUCCCCCGAUAAGAUGUUACAGGGUCGUUUGUUCGCUUAUUCCGACACGCACCGCCACCGUUUGGGGCCGAAUCAUCUACAAUUACCUGUUAAUUGUCCGUUCAAGGUGCGCAACUACCAGAGGGACGGUUUCAUGAACGUCAAUAACCAAGGAGGGGCGCCGAAUUAUUUCCCCAACAGUUUCGGGGGGCCGCAGAACGAUCAAGUUGCCAAAUCCUUGGAUCCGGCGUUUACCGUUUCCGGAGAGGCUUUCAGAUACGAGACGGGCGACGCAGAUAACUUCAGUCAGCCGAGAAUCUUUUGGAGGAAAACGUUGAACAAAGAGGAGAAGGAGAGAUUGGUAUCUAAUAUAGUGGGCCAUCUAUCCGACGCUUCGGACUUUAUUCAACAGCGACAGGUGCAACAUUUCAGACAGGUCGACGAAGACUUGGGCGAUAGAAUCGCUCAGGGAUUGAAAAAGUCCAAGAGUGCAAAGGCCAAAAUAUGAAAAUUUGAAAAAUGAACAUUUUUUUAUUCAUUUUUAUUUUUUUAUCUGUCUAAAGGUGUUUUUGAUGUCAAUAAAUAUAUUUUAACAUA